AUGGCGGCGGCAGUUUCGACCGACGGGCAGGGGCAAGAGGUACCGAACCGGCGGGUGAUCCUGAAGCGCUACGUGACGGGGUUUCCCAGCGAGGACGACAUGGAGGUGGUCACGGGGACCGCGCGCCUGGACGUGCCGCCGGGGUCGGCGGCCAUGGUGGUCAAGAACCUCUACGUCUCCUGCGACCCGUACAUGCGCGGCCGCAUGACCAAGCACGACAGGCCCAGCUACGUCCCGGACUUCGUCGAGGGAGAGGCUUUGGUAAACUAUGGUGUAUGCAAGGUGAUAGCAUCUGGGCACCCGGAUUUCAAGCUCAGCGAUCUUGUGUGGGGGAUGACCGGAUGGGAGGAGUACACUUUCGUCCCUAAGCCAGAGUCAUUUUUCAAGGUCAAUCAUCCUGAAUUGCCUCUGUCGUACUACACGGGUGUUCUUGGCAUGGCCGGCCUUACUGCUUGGGCUGGAUUCUUCGAUGUGGGCAAGCCCAAGAAAGGUGACUAUGUCUUCGUCUCAGCAGCAUCAGGCGCCGUUGGUCAGCUUGUUGGGCAGUUUGCUAAGCUCACAGACUGUUAUGUGGUUGGCAGUGCUGGUUCUGACGAGAAGGUCAAUCUUCUGAAAUCCAAGUUUGGCUUCGAUGAAGCAUUCAACUACAAGAAAGAGCAGGACCUGGAUGCCGCCUUGAGGAGGUACUUCCCAGAGGGCAUUGACAUCUACUUCGAGAACGUCGGCGGCCGCACACUGGAGGCCGUGCUGUCCAACAUGCGCACCCAUGGGCGGAUCCCUACCUGUGGAAUGAUCUCGCAGUACAACCUGGAGGAGCCAGAGGGCGUGCACAACCUGGGCGAAAUCAUCGUCAAGCGCGUGCGCAUGGAGGGCUUCCUGGUCUUCGAGUACUACGGCCAGUACCACAAGUUCGAGCAGGAGAUGGCCGGGUACCUCAAGGAGGGAAAGAUUAACUACGUCGAGGACAUCGCUAACGGGUUAGAGAAGGCGCCGGCGGCGCUCAUCGGGCUCUUCACCGGGCGCAACGUCGGCAAGCAACUAGUCGCCAUCGCUCGGGAGUGA